AUGAACCUGUCCAGCGAUACCGCUCGGACAGACACGCUACAUACUUGGUACAACCCAAUGACGGACUUGUACCACGGUGAGGGCCGGUUCAACCUCAACGCCGCCGCCAAUUUCAUCAAGAAGAAGAUUAAAUUCGCGACCAAGCCCAAAAUCCGGACCUACACGGCACCAGAGGAUGAAGACACCAGCCCCUCAGCUUUACCGGAUGCCGAAUCCGAUCCUCGACUGACAGUUCUCGCCAAUGCCAGGCGACUUCGCCACUCUGUCAAUAUCUGGAUUGAUUGCCUUAUCAAGGAAACUGGGCAAGGUGACACACCUACUUUACCACCGGCCCUGAGUAUCUCCGAGAAGAUUCCAUCAUAUAUAUCGCCAACUGCUCUCGACGACCUCUCCGAUCAGCGCAUCCGCGGGACUUUUGUCACGCACAAGACUACCGAAUCACGCUUGAGAAACAGCUCCACGAAGCCCAAUCUGAGAUUGUCAGUCUGCACGAGCUGCACGCCCGCUUUCUUCACGUCUUGUGCCCAACUCUGCAACCAUACGAGACCGCGACCCGGGACCAGGAUCAUCAAAGUCCAAGCUGUGGAGAGGCGUCUUCGCGUCCACAAAGCGACGCACUUCCGGUCGCUCAUCUGCCGCUGGGCCGAGCCUGAACACUUUGUUCAGGGUAUGGAAGCCGACCAUCAUCAGCAGCAGCAUACGGAUCCCGUUGUGUCCACUCCUGGCUCAAACCUAUCUCAGGGCUCUCGCCUUGAUCAGCUGAUGCUGCCUCCGCUUCCUCUUCAACAGCAGCAAACUGACGACGCUGCAAAUCUUUCCUGGAUUACGCUUCAGCGCUACACGGACAGUCUUGGUGUUCUGGAUGACGACAUCCUCGCCGAUGCUCCCCUCCGCUGA